AGAAGGGCUGCUUUGCAGACUCGGCCUGAGCUUCAUCUCGCGCGGAUGCGGUCGAACCAAAGGCGCGCGUCGACUGGAGCUGGACGACCAGAAGACUUCUAGCGUAGGUUGUCCGCAGACAUUGAAGCAGCGGCUUCGAAGCCAGCUCGCAGUGAGACAUGGCGCUGGGGGUUGUUGUUGGCAGACGAUGAUGGUCGAGAUGUUCCCCGGCGGAACUUUUUCUGUCGUGCUGCCAACCGACUCGGAGCCUAUGGGAUUGAGGCUCCGCUAGUGCAGAACCACCCCGAUCUCCGAACUCGACCUGACUUUUGCUUCACCAGCGUUCGCGUUCAACAGUGCCAUUGCGAGCGUUGAACGUCUGUCACAAAAUGUCUGGAAGCAGAGCUCUUCGGGGGCUGAGCUCUCUUGUGAGAGGCUCAAAUGGCCUGAUCUAUGGCCCCGAGACUGUGACGCAGCGAUGCCUCGCAUCACGAUCGAUGGCCACGGAGGCCCAGAUACCUUCAGAGACCACUACUACACCAGGUGGAAUCGAGAUCCCGAAAGCAACGUGGAGCCGUCCUCCGGUCCAGGCCACCCUCUAUGCGUUCCCUUCCAUGGAACCCCUUCGUUACGUCGAAUACGCCCAGAGCCAUCUUCUCAUGCCGCUUCGAAAAGAUAUCCUUCAUCGCGCUAUUGUUUACGAGGGUGAUGCCACCCGACAGGGUACGGCGAGCACGAAAUGGAGAGACGACGUCCACGGAAGCGGGAGGAAGCUGCACCCACAGAAGGGUACCGGUAAAGCGCGUGUUGGAGACAAGAAGUCGCCUAUUCGAAAGGGUGGUGGUGUCGCUUUCGGUCCUCACCCUAGGGAUUUCUCCUCUGGACUGCCCAAGAAGAUUUACGACCAGGCCUGGCGGAUAGCUCUCAGCUACCGGUUUAAGAGGGGCCAGCUGAUUAUCGUCGACGAUGAGAUGACGAUCCCCGAGGAUGCGACGCCGCAUCUGAUCAAAGAGAUUCUUAAAGUCAACCGAUGGGGUCGGGAGCAUGGAAGAUCGACUCUGAUUACGGACAAGAGAGACGACCUCCUAUUCAGCGCUGUUGAAGAAGUCGGAGAGCACGCUCGGAUCCUCGACCGGGAUGAUGUUGAUGUCAAGGACCUUCUGGAGACUGGAAGGCUAAUUAUUGAGAAACGGGCACUGGAUAAGAUCCUUGCGGAGCAUUCGAGGGAUCUGCGCACAGAGCCUGCAAAGGCUCGUUACUAAACGCAAUGUACAAUAAAAUAGCGAUGGGAUGUUUUCUCCCGAUUUCAUAUUCUACAUCUUGUAUCAAAUAACGUUAUCACACUUUUCUCUAUCGCUCUGAUCCGUUAUUUUUCUCUGCGCUGUAAUAUCGGAGAGAGUAGAGUAUUGCUCCUCGAGGCCGGAUGACAGGCAACGGGGGGAUCCAGAACUUAUAGAACGUGAUUUUUUUCUAUAACCGACACCU